AUGACGGUCGAGAAUAGUAUCUGGAACCUGACGGUCUUGGCCAUAUCCCCCAUGUUCACCUAUAACGCCUUCACGGGCGAUAACAGCACGGGCUGGGGAACGACGUGCACCGAUACGGGCUCCUACGUGUGUGAUAGCAGCACGGCGCACAUCACAAGCGUGGCAGGAAGUGUUAGCGUGUCUUUCAAUGGGAGCGGAAUCGCCUUCUAUGGGAACGCCACCCACUCCAUGACCGUCAUGCUCUCCAUCGAUGGUGGGGGAAACGCGACCGAAUCCUUCGACGCCGCCAACCAGGUGCUUGGGUCAACGCAGGGACUCUCUCCCGGCAUGCACACUGUUGUGCUCAACACCUCACCCUCCUCCCCUGAUGCUCUGCUCUCCUUCACCUAUGCUGUCAUCUCCCACGACACAGGUCUCGCCAACGUCCAGGUCGGUCCCUACGUCUUUGAUGACCUGGGCACGGACAUCUCCUAUGAUUCCUACUGGCUCGAAUACCCCAACUUCAGCGACAGCACCGAAGUCAAUGGAGCCAACACUUUCCAUGCGAGCCACGUGUUCAAUUCCACAGCUUCACUUAGCUUCGCCGCUAAUGCUGUGCUUCUCUAUGGGCCGUGCUCCACUAGUACGGGGCUCUUCAAGGUCGACGUGACCCCGGGCCCGGGGACAGUCAUGCUGACCACGACGGCCUUCGGCACGCAGGUCAACAUGUACGUCUUCCAGAGAUGCCUGAGAUACUUUGCGAUGGGAUUGGACACGAGAGUAGGGAGGAAUAUAUCAAUAACGAACAUGGCGAAUGGUACUCUUGCCACAUUGGACUACAUCGAGGUCAUCUGGUUCUCAUCUGGCGCUUCGGGCGGGGGAGCGAACGUCAGUGCGAUCGUCGGUGGUAUCACUGGCGGACUGGUGUUCCUCCUGUUGCUUUCCUUCCUAUUUCUACGACACCGACAUAAGCUGGCUGCCCAGCCCCAACCCAUCCGCUUACUCGAACAAGCGAACAGUGACAGCUCCCUCCCGCUGGCGACAGGAUCGGUUCAGGGAAGACUGGUCCACCCGAGGCCCGAGAACCAUAUCCUCUCCGCGGGAGAGAGACCAUCGAUAGCACAGGCGGCAGUCCUACCGGCGGAUGCGCUCGUGUCGAGAAGUGCCCCACUGGUAUUAGUCGGCCCAUCACGGGGAGGAGGCACAACCGCUUCCCCGUCCGAGCUUUCCCCGCAAACACAACGGUUCCCCACAAGCUCUACCGUCCUCUCCUCAGCCGCUACGCUGUCCGCGCCGAAUGAUCUGUUCAGUCCCGAGGCACCUCUCCCAAGCCUACAGCAGCUUAGCUCCGACGUCAACCGGAUUAUUGCUGAGCUUUCCCGGCUUGCGCAAUCACUAGCACCAGGAGACCCUGGCGAGGAGAACCUGGAAAGCGAGCUCGAUUCGGCGGGGAGGGAACAGCCGGGCUUCGCACCUCCGGCUUACGAGCAGAGCCACGGGGGAAACCAAUACUGA